AUGAAUACUGUGCAGGUUAUUGAAUUUUCAAAUAGAGUAUUUGAUAAAUACGACACUGAUAAAUCAGGAUUUAUUGAGAUAGAUGAAUUAACUUCCUUAUUGAAUAACUUCGCCAAAGAAAUUAAAUCACAAGUAUCAAUUAUUCUUAAAAUAAGCCACCCACUUAAAAUGAGAUUAACUAUAUGGUACGUUACCUAGAUAAAAAUAAUGAUCAAAAGAUUAGUAGAACUGAGUUUUAGAAAUUAGGAUAAUUGAUGGCCAAAGUUCUAGGGAAAAUGUGA